AUGAAUUCGGCAGGAGUUGUAGUUCCCAGAAGCUUCCGGCUUUUGGAUGAGCUGGACCGAGGGGAAAAGGGUAUCGGUGAUGGUUCGGUGAGCUAUGGCAUGGACGAUGCGGACGACAUCUACAUGCGGUCAUGGACGGGAACCGUGAUCGGCCCUAACAACUCUGCGCAUGAGGGUCGCAUCUACACUGUGAAGCUUUAUUGUGAUAAGGACUACCCAGAACGGCCACCAACUGUGCGCUUCCAUUCACGCAUCAACAUGCAUUGUGUCAACCAGGAGACGGGUGUGGUGGAGCCAAAGCACUUCCCGCUGUUGGCCCAGUGGCGUCGAGAGCACACCAUGGAAACCAUUUUGACUGAGCUGCGCCGUGAGAUGGCAUCGGGUCACAACCGCAAGAUACAGCAGCCUCCGGAGGGAACAACCUUCUGA